AUGCACGGGACCAAGUCUCAGGUGGUUCACAGGGCAUACGGAACGGACGGUAAGAAGCCGCAGGUUCCCAAAGUCGAAGAGCAAGAGAAUCCGGUUCGAAGGGACACGGUGGCAGUGGAUGGAUUCGGGAGUGUAACGAUCCGAUUCGUCGCGAGCAAUCCAGGUGCGUGGUUCAUGCACUGCCACAUGGACUGGCAUCUAUCUGCAGGCCUGGCGAUGGAGAUGGUCCAAGCGCCAGAAAAGGCAAAGGAGGUCCUGAAAGUGCCUUCCUACGUGGAAGAACAAUGCAAAGUAUGGAAGAAGCAAUCAGAUCAAAAGUUGCGAGGACCUUGA